AAUAAGUUUACCCUUGACCUGUCAAUCAAACAGUUUGAGAAGACUAGCGGGUUUGUUCACCUGUAAUAAACAUCGCAGAGCCUCAGGAUCUCUAAACACCUGACACAUGACCUCUUGACCCGGGUGUGAGAGACCGAGCAGAACCAUGGCGAUGGCCGGAGAGGGACAGCUUCAGAGGAUUAUCAGAGAUCUGCAUGAUGCAGUGUCAGAGCUCACCAAGGAGUACAACGAGACCGGGGAACCAAUCACAGACGACAGCACUAACCUGCAAAAGUUCUCCUACAAGUUAGAGUACCUGCUUCAGUUUGACCAGAAGGACAAGACUACGUUUCUGGGCACGAGGAAGGAUUAUUGGGACUACUUUAGCGACUGUCUGGCUAAAAUCAAAGGCGCCAAUGAUGGCAUUCGCUUCGUCAGAUCCAUUGCUGAGCUGAAGACGUCGCUCGGGAAAGGCCGAGCAUUUAUCCGCUACUCUCUGGUGCACCAGCGUUUAGCGGACACGCUCCAGCAGUGCCUCAUGAACCAAAGGGUCACCAGUGACUGGUAUUAUUCCCGAAGUCCCUUCCUGAAGCCCGAUCUCAGCGCAGACAUCGUUAACUCUCUUUAUGAGCUCAACGAAGUCCAGUUCGAUGUGGCGUCCCGGGGUCACGACCUGGAUUCGGCCUGGCCCACCUUUGCGAGGAGGACUCUAGGUAUGACCAGCUCCCCGAGCCACAUGUGGAAAGCACCGAGCCGCAGCUCCAGCGUUAACAGCCUGGCCAGCUCAUUCUCACAGGCCCCAGAGUUCCCCUGCAGUCCAGAGUUCGGACAUAGCUUGCUGAGCGAAUCCGCAGAGCCGUUGUCCGAUUCUGCCAUCGCCACCGUGGACGAGCUUCGUCUGGAGCUGGAUCAGUCAGAGCUGAAACAACGUGAGCUUGAGGACCAUGUUCAACAACUCGGCAACCAGGCCACAGAGCUCCGUGGCGUGGUUAUUGAACUUCAGAGACAACUGGACAUUUCAUUAGCAGCCCAGUCUAACAAUCAGGAGCUUCAACACACGCUGGAUGUCCUUGCUGAGAGGGAACGGACUCUAGCUCAGGAUCUGGAAGUCCUGAGGGCGCGUGAGGCUGUUAAAGAAGCAGCAAAUCAGGAAAUUCUGGGCAAGUUAGCUGCUGCAGAAAAAAAGAACGAGGAGCUAAUGGGUAAACUAGAUGGGGUGCUCGAGGAGAAAGGACAGAGGACGGCUAGCCAGUUUGAUUCAGCUCAGAAGAUCCAUGAACUUUUGGAUGGACUGAAAGAAGCAGAGAAAGGCAGGAUAGAAGCACUAGCGCAUGCUGAAGAGCAAAGGAUGCAGGCUGAACGUCUGGCUGAGGAGCUCAGGAUGAAACACCAAGCCUUGACGGAUGGAGAUACUAAAAUGGCCACUUUAACAGAGAAGUGUACGAAGCUGAUGAAACAGGCAGAACAACAAAGGAAUGCCAUGGACAAGCUCCAGGAGGAGCUCUCAGUGGGGGAGAAGCAGCAAAGUACUCUUCAGAAAGACCUGCAAGGCCUUCAGCACUGUCUGGAGGCGAUGGAGCAACAUGCUGUGGAAGAGAGAAAAAAGGCAUUGGGGGAAAGAGAAGUCCUGCAGAAGAAGUUGAAUUCUCUGAAAGAAAGUUUAGAAGGACAGGUGCAGAACCUAAAGGCAAAACUUCAGAGUAAAGAAACUGAACUUAUCUCCAGUGCGAAGAAGAUACAGCACCUGGAAGCUGAAUCUGGGAAAACAGCAAGAGAGAAAGAAGGUCUGAGUGGAAGUAUAGUAAAAUUGGAGGCAAGUAUGAAAGAUCAGACCAAGAAGGUUAAUGAAUACCAGGAACAGUGCACUAAUCUCACAGAGGUAAACAACAAGCUUCUCAAGACAAUCGAGAAGAACGAGGAGACCAAGAAGGAGCUGAUGAAGAGCAAAGCUGUGUUAGAAAAUGAUCUGGCUGUACUCAGGGCAUCCGAAAAACAGCUGCGAGGUCAGCUCAAUGACGCUAAAGUGACUGAGGGUGAAAGGGAACAGCGGAUGCGCGAGGAGAACCGCAGCCUGGAUGAGAACCUCCAAAAAGCAGUCCUGCAGGUCAAGGAGUUAGAAAGCAUAGUCCUUAAACUGGAGCAGGAGAACACAGAUCUCAGGGAGGAGUGCUUAAAGAGUAAAGAUGCUCUCACAACAACACAAGAAGGACUGUGUAAAUUUACUGAACAGCUCAUAGAUCUAGAGAGAAGCCUAGAGGUGGCUAAAUGUAACGAGGCAAAUCUCACUUUGCAGCUAAGGGAACAACGUUCACAGCUGGAGGAUAGAGAAAGGCUUUGCGAGGAGCUCCAAGAAAGACUUGACGAAGUGGAAGCCCAGGGAGAAGAGCUGGAGGCAGGGAAGGCAGAUGCUGAGCGAGCUUUGGAGAAGCAGAGGGAGAUGAUGGAAAGGUUGGAGAUCGAAAAGAAAAUGGUGGAAAAAGCUCAGCUGGAGAUGAGCGUAUGCCAUUCAAAGGAGGCCCAGGAUAAGGCAUCGAAAGUUGCGCUACUGGAGGAGCAGCUGGGCCUGAAUGUGAAAGAGGUCUCCAGGCUUCAGGGGGAAGUGGUGGACCUGAAGGCCAAACUGUUCUUUUCGGAAGAGGAGAAAGUAAAGAUACAGACCAAGCUGGAAAUCACAGAGGCAUCCAAAACAGAGCUGCAGACUUUGACUGAACAACUUAAAAAGCAAGCUGAGGAGCAGAACCGUAAUCACGUCAACGAACUUUUACAGUCCAAGCAGCAAAUGGAGGAGAUUUCGUCAGAGCUGGACACAGCAACAUCCUCGCUCGCGAAAACGUCGGCUAAAUUCGCUGCAGCUCAAGAAGAUCUGGCUGUCCUAAAGACCCAAAAUGAACGACUGGUCACAGAGAACGCAGAGACCAGAGAGGGACUCCACAGAGCCAACACGGAGAUGGCCGAGCUGGGAAUGACCAUCUGCAAGCUGACGGCAGAACACAAGGAAGCCCUAGAGCGCUGGACGGCCGAGAGCGCCCAGAUCCACGAAUUGAAGGAGCAGGGCAUGCGCGAAGUGGAUCGUUUGAACGCCAGCAUGGCGGCGCUACGGCAGGAAAACGCCAGCCUGCAAGAGGAACUCCUGCAAACAGAGAAGCUGCCAGGAACGGUGCUGGAGCUGAAGGAGAUGCUGGAUAAAGCUGAGAAGGAGAGGGAGGUGGCGCGUGAGGAAACGACAGCAAUGAGGUUUCAGAUGAGUACGGAGAGUAUGGAGCACCAAAAGCACGUGAAGAGCUUAAACGAAGAGCUUGAGAGUUUAAAAGUGCAGCUGAAGUCUGAAAGCGAGAAGGCGUCCAGCCUGGAGGUGAAAGUCUCAGAGUUAGAGGAGGUGAAGGCAGAGUUUUUCCAAGUGCUGGAGGAGAAAGAGUCACACAUCGCCAAAACCGAGAGCCUGAUUCGCUGUGGAGAGGGUGAAAUACAGCAGCUGAAGGAGAGGGUUACAUGUGUGCAGGAGGCUCUGGCGCUGGCGCAGACUGAGCGAGACGAGCUGAAGGAAGCGGUGGAGAAACUUCAGUCUGAAACAAAAGCCGAGCAAAUCAAAAUGGCCGCCGAGAUCGACGACCUCGGCCACGUGAAGACCACGCUGGAGGAGCGGCUGAUCGAGCUCAUCAGGGACAAGGACGCGCUGUGGCAGAAGUCUGACGCUCUGGAGUUUGAGCAGAAGCAGCGGGCGGAGGAACAGUGGUGGUUGGUGGACCGCGAAGCGUCACGCUGUCUGAGCUGCAACAGCCAGUUCACAUGGUGGCUCCGAAAGCACCACUGCAGGUUGUGUGGGCGGAUCUUCUGCUACUACUGCAGUAAUAACUUUGUGAGCACGCGGUGCGGGGGGAAGAAGGAGCGCUGCUGUAGGGAGUGUUACACACAGCACAGCGCCGUGGUGGAGCGGUUCACACGCUCGGAAAUCAGCAGCCCCGCCCACACGCCCGCGGCGAACACACACACGCCCGGCGCACCUGCACCCCCCUACAUACCUACACCUAGUGUCACAGUGACCGAGCCGAGCGCGAAGCAGGACGAAGCAGCAUUCGAUAUCAUCACUGACGAGGAGGUUAACGGACUGUACGACAGCGACACACACUCGCAGACCACCGCCGAGUCUCAGGACGGAGAAGCCGAGAGCCGGACUGCUCAGGACCUAAAUGUUUCCGGUGAUGCGGCGGAGUCUGAGGAACAGGAGGAAACGCCCCCGCCUGUCCAAGAUGCUGAAAUCAAUCUUCUUAAAUCAGGAGAACUUUCCUCCUCGGUCCUGCUGAACAUCGAUGAGAUCGAGCAGUUCGGCGACGCGUCUCGCGAGCUCUUCGUCAAGUCCGGCUGCUACAGCAUCAUCUCCGUCAGCGUGCGCGAGCAGGGCCGCGCUGUCGGCUGGGUUUUCUCGUCUGAGCCGAAGAGCAUCUGCUUCAGCGUCAUCUUUAGAGAAUCCACGAACACACCUGAGGAGCAGGCGAAGGUUCUCAUCCCACUGACUCGGUGUAACGCGCACAAGGAGACCAUUCAGGGCCAGCUUAAAGCCCGAAACCCUGGAGUCUACACACUCGUCUUCGACAACUCUUACUCCAGGUUCAUCUCGAAAAAAGUCAACUACCACCUGACCACAGAGAAGCCCGUCAUCUAUGAUGGAAGCGACUGCCCGUAGACACACGGGGAAGUUCUCUCAGCUGUCUUUCAUCUUUUUUAUGUUACACGUUUUACCAUUUUAUCCUGACGCAUGCGAAUGUUUUGGGUUCUGUUUAGUUUUAAAAACAGCACUAAUAGAUAAGGUGUGAGGUUUUCACACGUCUGCGUUAGGGCUGUGUUUAUUGUUUUUUUUAAUUAUUAUUAUUUUAAUUGAUGUUACUUUCUGGACGUUAAUAAUGUCUGUUUUUCUUUUCUUUUUGUUCAUUUUUAAUCCUGCCACUUAUUACAUAGCUUGUUAUAUAUGAUUUAAAAGUCACAAGUGACACUACACGCUGCACUACAUCACCGAUUUGCUGCUAAUGGGAAUUUCUAUAUGUGCUUUAGCAUGAUCUUUUAUACACUACAUAUACAGUACUAGAUAUUAUCUUUGAAAUGCUUUUUUUUAAACUCUAGCUAUCUCUAAAUGCUAAAUGAGACAGUGCACUUUACCAACUCCAGAACAUUCAGGAAGACUUUUAAUAAAUUGCCGUUAAAGUGGCUAAAGUUUAACACUACAUACGCAUAGCCUUGACAACCAAAGAUAAAAUCAUGAUUGUUUAUAAAUACAGUCUACGCACACUAUGCUUUCUAGACACAAAGUGCGCCGGGGCCUGGGAAAUUUCUUAUUCGUUAAAUUAAGAUGAAAUCAGACUGAUUCUGCGUUCCUUUUAUCUCUGAGGUGGGAAGUCAGAGUUUGGAAGUCAGGUAAUAGUUUUUUUACCUUUGUUUAUUUGCUGUAUGAAGAAAAACAUGGAGGACUAUUCUGUUAGCAGUAAGCUAGCCUGUGUUGAGUGGUUUUUAUUUUUCCCCUUGAAAGAGGGAACUGUAUAACGUUACGGUACGAGGUGCGUUCAAGUCGAACUAGGAUUUUUGAUUUUUUGUUAGUUUUGAGAGUAAAAACUCCCUUCAGUUUUCUAUAUAAUCCCCUGCUACACUAAUGCACUUAUCCCAGUGUUUCACUAAUGCUUGGACACCAUCAAGUUUGAAGGUUCUCUCGGUAUGUAGGAGCCAUGAUCACACUGUCUGCUUCAUGUCUGCAACACUGGCCUCCCAGGAACUCUUUUAAUGGCUCAAACAUGUGGAAAUGGCUUGGAGCGAGGUCAGGACUAUACGGGGGAUCUGGCAUUAACUCCCAGUUAGUUCUAACAAUCAGGUCGAGUUGGUGAAUGAUUGCAUGUACAGUUCCCAAAGACAGAUGUGUGUCAAGUUAUCCGUCGAUUUUCUAUAGAAAGAUGAGGCCUUCCACUCACUGAAUGUUCACAGGAUCGAAUGCAGUGGGAUCUGAGCCACCUUGUCGGGAUCGUCAUCCUCAGACGUACGGCCUUCUGUAAAACACCUGCAGCGUUCAGAUGUUUUACUCCGGCUAUUAGUCUCAUCAUCGUACUCUACUUAAAGUCUUCUGUAAAUGUUUCACGGUUUGACUUGAACGCCCCUCGUUAACACAGUAUAAGAUCAAAAUAUGAGAAGUGCUACUAAUGUUUAAUGUUGGUCCUGAUUUGAUGUCACUUGGAUAUGAGGAGACUCGCCCUCGUUCCAGAGAAGGAUUUUUUUUUUUAGUUAUGAGUGAGAGAGAAUGGAUCCUCAUGUAAUAUCAUAAUAUUUUAGCAGGAGGGUAGUUUCAGCACAAUGAAAAAUAUGAGUUACAACUUGAAUGCAAUUUUGAUCAAAACAUUUUAGUACAUUUUUUGAUCAGAUUUUGUGCAUUUAGAAUUCGUUGGUGGUGAAGUAAGUCACAUUUUAGAAAACUCAAAUUUUAAAUCAAAACACUAUUUUUUUAUGUAAGUUUUCAGAUGUAAUGACAUUGGAUGAGUUUUCCCACACCGUCACACACACUAUAAUUUUAAUGUUUCUUUUUAUCUUUUUUGUAAAUGAAGUAAUAUAAACACAAACACUAAAAGUGCCUUUUUACUACGUACUUGAAAAAAACACUAACUUCAAACAGCCCAAAGUCACUCACUCAGGUGCUUAACCACAUUCUGUCUCUGUUUUUAUCACAAUUUUACCGGAAAUGAAAAUAAUUUUUAAAACAAUCUAUGCAAAAUUCACAAAUGUAAAAGAAGUGUAAAUUAUUUUAAAGUGAUUUUCUUUUAUAUGUUAAAAAAAAAAACACAAAGUAAAGGGAGAAAUUUCAAGUUUAAGCUGUAAAUUUUUAACAACUUGUCUGUUUAAAAAAAAAAAAGAGUCCCUGUUUUAAAAAGUGUUUUUUUUAUAUAAAUUGUUCACCAUCCAGAGAACCUCUAAGCCUUGAAUGUAGAACAGAAUGGAUCUCAUUUUAUUCAUUGUGGUACAUAAAUGUAUCACGGAAAUCUUUUUAUUUUAUGUGCUGUGCAUGCGUAUAGCAUUAGGUUUACAGUUCCUGCCUCCAAUAUGUACAACCAGGACUUUAUGAUUGUACAGAACACAGUUAUGUGAGUACAAACUCCAUUUAUUUCUCCAUAUAUUCCCCUGCUACACUAAUGCACUAAUUUCACUAAUGCUCGGACGCCAUUAAGGUAGAAAGUUAUCUCAGUACGCCGGAGUCGUGAGCUUUUACGCCGUCAUCCACCAGAAAUGGUCUUCCUUUGACUUGAAGGCCCUUUAUAAUACAGGUUGUUAGACUUUACAACUCUGUAAAAUCAAUCCAAGCAUAACGCCAGCUUGUUAUGAUACUCUAUACAACUGAAAACUGAAACAGUUUGUCAACUUGUUCAACUAUGUUCAUGUUUUUAAACCUUAAUGCACAUUUUUUGCUUAAGAGUUGCAUUUUGUUUAACAAAAAGUAUUUUAGAUAUUGGAUAUUUUAGACUCCUUGUUCUGGCCAAGUUCUGUGAAGUGAACACUAAGGAAACUAUGCACAAUCCGUUGUUACAGUAUGAUGUGAUGUAUAUUUUAAAUGUUGUAAUAAACGUUUUAUUCAGUGCUGGUUGGCAUUUACACUUUGA